AUGAAUAUCUGCUCAAGAUCAACGGUCCUGUUAAUAGUUUCUGCUAUUAUCAGCUCAGUUGCAUGUGUGUUGAGCCCAGAUGAGCAGCUAUCUCUUGAUUUGGAUGCUUUUGACUCAGAGAACUUUGAGGAUGUAGUUGAGCACCAUUCUGACGAGACUUUUCAUCAGGUUAUUGCAUCAAAAAGCUGCAAUGAGCAUUUGGACAAUAUAACCAGGCUUUGCACACAGUUGGAACAGUGUAUUGAAACUAUGAACAAAAGCCAGAAGAUCCAUUUUCCUGCCUUGCUACUCGAGAAUGUCCAAAAUUUAACGAGCCUUUGUAGGAAGGUUUGUGAACAAGUAGGAAUACAACGCCUAAACUAUAAAAGAGAGUGCACGACAAAGCACUACAAUUUUAGUCUAUUGAAGUUUGCAGAGAUGCUGUUUGAUGUAAGGGAAUACAUUGAAGCUCAAGUAACCAUUUCAAAAAAUAUCCACUCCAGAAUUAAUAAUAAGUCCAUUGAAAUGCCGCCAAAGUUCACGAAUAAGUCAGACACUUUCAGUGAAUGCACUGGUGGAAAAGCCAUAUUUAGAGAGUUUAUGACAACCUUUUACUUGCAUUUAUUAGGCCUGUCUCGUUGCCUUGAAUCAAGAGUUGGUCCAGACUAUAGCAAGGAGAAUGUAAGCCCAGUCACUGAGCCAGAAAACACACGUUUUUAA